UUGUACCACAAACAAGUCCGCGAGAGAGUUCACGGACGAAUCUGUUGCAUCAGGAAUCGGAUCCAAUCGUCUGUAAUACAGAACAAGUGGGCUCGUCCUUUGGAGCAAGCGUGCGCGCUGAGGAAGAGACAACAGUGACACAACUCACUGCACGCUAUCACCCAUCAAUCGGACCAAAGAGUGCUACGGCGUGGUCGCUGGCUGUACGACAGAGAGCGAAACCCCGCUGUCCCACCAACAGCAGUUUUUCUAACCACGUCCUCACCCGCCUAUCUUCACAGCCAGUAACACACGAGGUUGUAAGAAAGGCCUCCGAAGACAUGAAGCGCGACCGCGACGGCAGUCAGCACCAGCACCACUAUGAGUAUCGGCAACAGUGGCCUCAGCAGCAGCGUCAACAGCAUCAACAUCAGCAGGAGGAAGAGAUCCCCCCCCCUCCACCACCUAGGAACCGACCGCAGCAGGAGAUCCCCCCUCCCCCACCACCUAGAAUCCGGCCUUCGUCAGCGUCAAGGAAUGGCCAAGUCGCAGCAGUCUCAAACGGAUCGUCAAACCAUCCUCCAGCUGCUUUCGCUCCUGCUACAGCCGCGGUGGGCACCGCGUCAAGAAUGAACGGCGCCGGCGACGGGGGCGGGGCGAACGUCUUCACCGCAUCAAGUUAUUCCGAGAGGGCCCCAUCAUCAUCAUCAACCCCAACCUCCUCUGCUAUGAAGAGACCGAAGCUGGGCUACGAACAUCCAGACAACUGGCGAGCAACAGCCGACGAAGUGCUUGUGAAAGCAGGACUAGAAGGAGGCGACAAGGAGGGAAAAUCGAGGGCUGGAGACGAGGAAGGUUCGUCCACGCGCAGGGGCAAUGAUAAGGAGAAGCAGCAGCAGCCGGGCGCGACAAAAACGAUGGCAGCGGCCCGGUCAAAGAGGCGAUUUGCUGUCGUUUGUUCCGCGAAUUUCAACCGCAGCAUGAUGGCCCAUAAACUUCUGAAGGAACAUAACUUUCAGGUUGAAUCCUACGGUACUGGCAGGGAAGUGAGGCUACCGGGCAAGGACAUCGCCAGCCCAGAAGUGUUUCCUUUCGGAACGCCCUACCGGGAUAUCUUCGACAAGCUCAAGGCCAAAGACGAAGCGCUUUUUAGCCAGAACAACCUGCUGCCUCUGGUGGCCCGUAACGCAAUGGUGAAAGCCGCCCCGCAGCGGUUUCAAGAAAUCGAGGGCCCGGACAUGGCGGAUUUCGACGUGGUGCUAUGCUUCGAAACGAGGGUUUUUUACUUGGUCGUGGAAGACUUACAAUCACGAGACCCGGAGACGUUCAAGCCUCUGCACGUGAUCAAUAUGACCAUCAAAGACUCAUUUGAAGAAUCAGCCGCGGCCGCCGACAGCGUUCUUGAACUGUGCCGCAUGCUUGACGGUGUAUCCCAGUUAGACGACGAGACGGCUGGCGUCCUCGAAGUGUUCACCAGGAAGACCAAGAGGACCGUGCUCCACCAAGUGUGCCACGUUUGAACUAUGGCACGCUAUCGGUGUAUUUGUAGCCGCCGGGUGUCAGUCCGAAUCGAUUGGUGUGCCGACGACGCCUGACUCUCCAGUCGUACAGCAGUAGGAGUCGAAGCCAAGGGAAGUCUCAUGAACCUUGGAGGAGGAAUGUGCCGACAUACAGUAGGAUUCAAGUGUAUUUUAGCCUUCGAGGGGGUUGGAUCAUGCGACGCGGUUGAGAGUGAGACUAUACCGAGUAGACGACGUGAUGGAUGUCAUGCAUUACAUCUGACGUGGGGGCAUGUUUACGCACGGCGUGCGAUGUAGCGCCCAAGGCGUCCUUCUCUCACCUCCUUGGCUUAGUUGCUUACCCUUCUCUCUGUGAGAAAAAAAGAAUGAAGUUAGGUAUGGAGCAACCGACGACACAACGUUCGCACGCAGAAGAGAGCAGCAAAACGGCGC